AUGGCCAACGAUACAGCCCAUCCGGAACUGCAUGCUUUACGCCAGACUUUGAAGGAUAUUUGCAGCCUUGUGUCAGAGUUCCGACCAAUGACUCCCCGCCCACCAAUCAUCGAUACUUCACUGGACUUUGAGCCAACGGAGGAGAGCCAUUGGCUUCAGCCUGAGCAGAUCCCCGGUAUAAGGAAGCUGAGAGACGCCAUUCAGAUGGAUCUGGAGGCAUUAGAGAAAUUCCUCCAGAGCCCAGAGAGCAAGCAUCUACCUGCAUUGUCUACCAAUGCCCCGUAUCUUAUAUCGGUUUGGAACGAACUGCUGUGCGCACCUACCCCGGUCACGGCUGUGAUGAAGACAUUUCAGCCUACCGCCUCAGGAGGAUCGAAUCGCAAGCCUGGUGUACGCCAGAAGCAGAACCCAGUAAAAGUGGACGUAGUAGCCGAUAAUGGGCGGAGAUGGAUUCGCGUCAAUACUAUCAAGAAUUCACGUCUACUUGCUGAAUUCCGUGAAAUCGACUCGUAUGUAACGAGCUCAGAGGACGAAUCCGACGACGAUGCCGCUAAACCAAGUCUAGCUCAGAACGAACUCGAUAAUUCCGUUCUUAGGAUGGGUCGUUCCCUGCUGGACGCUGCAAAAGCCAAUCCCCUUGGUGGAUCAAAUACCUUGCCACGUAUAACCAUGCGCUUGACGCGAUUGGCUUUGUCGCCAACCGCAGACACGGACCCUCGAAUAGCACAAACUGUACGACUACUCGAAGCAAUGGACAUCGAAGUGGAGUUCGGGGAACAAACUGAUGUCAAGUUGCCUCGACCCCGGCCCGAAGACCCCAUCUCCUUCAAACCGACUCCGUUUAUCAACCUCGAUCUGUCAAUUUUGAUCGCCCUUGUGUCCGACCUGACGCACUCGCAUCUGCCAUCGAAUGUUGACGAAGCGGACGAAAGGUUUAUACCUACGCAAAGCUAUCGCGAAUGGAAACAAGAGCGAAAGAAAUUCUUGCAGACCAAAGGACAGAACGGCGAUGACCCCACAGGAAGUAGUUCAGGAGAGUCCAAGCACUCUCGCGCGCUAGCGAACCAGCUCGUCCAAGAAAUGUAUAAAGGCCUUUUUCAGGAGAUGCAUGAACAGCUAUUAAACCCACCUCGCCCACGGGGUGAUCUACAAUUCUGGACCACCCCAGAAGCCCGUGAUCGGUGCAUUCGAAUAAUAUCGAAAAUCGGCGGAGUCAACGAGAAGAGGCGCGCGCAUGCUUUAUUCCCUUCGUCUAACUUCACUUCCACCGAUGUUUCAUCUCUUGAUACUGCAGAAAAGUUGUUCUGGCAAGACUCGCGCUACCCUCCUUCAUUCAUUCCCGUCAUCCCUAUCCACAUCUUCCCUGCGGCCGUCCCCUCCAAGUCCGACGCCAACACUUUUGUGUCGACAUCUAUCCCGAGAGAACUACCUCCAUUCUUCAAGAUACUCAGCCAAACCUGCCGCCACAUUCUGUCACAUGAGACGAUGCCCCAUCCUCGCGCCGUUCCUGAGUAUUUGGGCAUGGAAGAGAUUCAACGCGCCGCAGUCACGAAAGCCAACCCCAAGCUGACCGCGCAUACGGUUGAAAGCUUGCUAUGGGGUGCUGAGUUGGGCUGGACGACUCUUACGGCGAAUAAAUCAAGUGUGAAAGCCAUUAUACGCGAAAUGAAGACUGCAAUAGCUGCCGAUGUGUUACGGCCCGAAGAUUACAACGCUGUGGAAGUGAAGGAGGAUAAAGUGGCCUUGGAUGGUCCCGCGGGUAGUGAAAGUGAUAAGGCCGCUAUAUGGGUAUCUAGCAGCGAAGACAUAGCAGGGGAUCGCAAUGCCAGGGGCACUGGUAAGGAGGUUCAGGAGGUUCAGGGGAACGGCUUGGCGGCCCUUUGGGUGGUCGACCCGAGAAGUCUUGCCGAAGGUAUGCGCUCGGAUUAUUCAGUGCCUUCCCACUCCUCGUAG